UAUUUAAGCGACGUAUAUCAUUGCCCAUUUUGCAAUUUAUGCCGUGUUGGACAUGGGCUUGGGAUCGAUUAUUUUCAUUGCAUGAAAUGCAAUUGUUGCUUGGGGAUUAAGUCAACAUCUCAUAAAUGUCUCGAGAAAGGUUUAGAAAUGAACUGUCCCAUUUGUUGCGAUGACUUGUUCACUUCAAGUGCUACGGUCAGAGCUCUACCUUGCGGCCACUAUAUGCAUUCUGCUUGCUUGCAGGCAUACACGUGCAGUCACUACACAUGUCCAAUCUGCAGCAAGUCAUUGGGAGAUAUGGCGGUUUACUUUGGUAUGCUUGAUGCCCUAUUGGCUGCUGAGGAGCUUCCUGAAGAGUACAGGGAACGCUGUCAGGACAUACUCUGCCAUGACUGCGAUCGGAAGGGCUCUUCACGCUUCCACUGGUUGUACCACAAAUGUGAAUUUUGUGGCUCUUACAAUACCCGGGUUAUCAAGUGUGAGACGUCAAACUCCAGCUGCUCUUAGUGUGCUUCUUUUGAUGGGAGGUAGAUAGUUUGUAAAUACUUUAUAGCAAAAUAGGAAUUCAAAUUUUGCCACAACUAGGAGCCCUCUUAUUUUUUUUCGUUGUAUAUAUAAUGCAGACGCAUGACGAAUUUAGUGACCUCUUUAUUAGUAUAAACAGAAGCCCCUAAUCAGUUCUAUAGCAAUUGUGUACAGAUCAAGUUUCUUCCUAACUUUUUAUUUCUGCAAGGGAUAUUGUUGCUGUCCAUAUUCAUUUCUUUAUUCUUAUCUUUAUCUUCGUUUAAGUGCACCAUGUCUUCACCGCGAUCACGCUGAGUAAUUUAUCUCCAAAUUCCCAGCUACUGGCUAGAGGUGGCUUC